GCGUGCGCGCGGGGCGGGGUGCGCGGCCGGCCGGGCCCUGGAGAAAUGAGGACGAGACGUAGCUACCUCACGGGGCUCCUUCCAGAGCAGAGACGCGCUUCCCUGGGGCUGGGCGCGGCCGCCGUGGAGGGGCUGGGGGCAGCCUGCCCUGGGGCCCCGGGGGCGGGCGCAGAACCGCACAGCUGGGACCCCAGGCGCGGGACGUGGAUGGCGCGGAGAGAAGGAUGGGAGGAGAACUGUGAAUUCUCAGGCCCGCGUCCUGGGCGGGGCGCCGAGCACCGACCAAACCGACACCCCACAUAUAGCAGACGAAAUCCUCCCUUUCUCCCCGGCCCCAUCCGUCUAGCAUUCCCACCGACCGCCGGGCUGUCACAGCCUGGGCUCCAUCUGAAGGGGCCUGGCAGCAUUUGGGGAGCGGACAGCCGCCUGUCUAGCCAGCCUCUGUCUCCACUGCCACCUGCUGAGUGGGUCCUCCUGGGUGGGGUCUUGGGGUGGGGUGGGGGGGAUUCACCUGUGGAGAGGGGAGAGGAGGCCCCUGCUGCUGCCUGCCUCUGCCCCUGCCCAGUGUGGGGCUGGUCCAGGAUUCUCGCCCAUCUGGAGAGCAGUGGGCUCAGGGACACCCCUGAGAAGCCCAAACCGGGUGGUCACCGCCUCAUGCUGGAGCUGCCUGUUGGAGGAGGCAUCACAAAGGCAAAACCUCCCAGAGAGUUUCCUUUUGGAAACUUGGAAACAGCCCCUUUUAUGACAUUUUCCAGGGUAGGGGGAAGGGGCACCGGCUGGGUUUACCGCAGUGACACUAUUUAUGUAAUGACAUCAGCUCCCGCAAGGCCCCUCAGCAAUGUCAACAGCUGGAAAGGGCCUGAACCAGCAUGGAGUCUGCAGGUUUCGAAGGCACUUGGGCCUGGCUUGGGGCAGAGGGCUUGCUUGAGCUGGGACGGGGUUUGCUGGUUCAGCAAAGUACCAGAGUGCCUGAGCCAUGGGUGGGCAGGGGUGCAGAAAUGACCAGGCCAUGUUGGCUUCCCCAAGAAAAGGCACAGAAGCUGCCGGGCCUGCCCCCUGCAGCUGUCUUGGUCUGGCCUGGGCCACACCUUGCCUGUGCCUUUCCAGACAGUCUCUGUGGCGUCUGCCCGUGCCCUCCACUGUGCCCCAGCCCUCCUUCGAAGAUCUCCUAGAGAUGCUGUCCUCAAGCAGGCAGCCCCUUUUGUUCUGACUGCCUCACACAGGGUCCAUUCCUGCGCCCAGGGGCCUUCUGGCUCCCUGCCUUCCUGGGCUCUCUGCACGGCCUGGGCCUCUGGCCCAUGUCCUCACACCUGGCGCACUGAAUUAGAGGCCUGGCGUCCCUCACAGUCAGGAAAUUAGUUUCACUUUCCUGGCCAGAGUUUGGCUGCUCAGAAGGGUCAUACCAAGUAUGACGCUCGGCCCGGAGGUAGUCUGGCUUCCCUCUGCCUUCCCCACUGCUGCCUACAUCAUGGCUGCCAUUUAUUGAGCACCUGCUGUGUGCCAGGCACUUUACCCACAUGCUCCCAGCGUGUGCUCAUGACAACCCUGUGGGACAGGGACCCGCUAUCACCAGCAAGGAAACUGGAGUACGCGUGCCCAAGGUCAUGCCUCAAAUUGGUGGCAGGACUGGGGCCCAGACUCCAGAGCCCGACUUUAUGAUCACAGGCCAUGCUGGCCCUCCCUGCAGUCCUGCUCUGCAGCCCGCCCACUCAAUCCCUGUGCAGGCUGUGAGGGUGCUCUUGGGGGAGUGGCCACUGAGCCGCUGGCCCUGGUUAUUGCCUCUUGAGGACACUGGCAUUUGGCCUGGAGAACAGGAGCCCAGCGGGGGGUAGGACAUAGGCACAAACAAUCACAUCUUCAGAAGAGGCAGCAAAGUGGUGGGGACACAGGGACGGACUCUCCAGACAGCAGCUCCGGGUUCCAGGAAGGCAGGCCUUGGCUUCUCCGAAGAGGUGGUAGAGGGUGGUUCGGCUGCCUGGGGGUGGUUGGAGAGACUCCAGGAGAGACUGGCAGAGGUGCCUCAUGGGCAGGGGGCAGACAGACCUGCCCUGAGAAGGGGAUUUGGCUUCCCUGAAUCCAGCCCAAGGCUAGAAGACAGGGCCCUUCUCCAAGCUGUCAGCGCCCCUCGGAUGCCCAGUGUGGCCCGCUGGGUGCCAUCAGCAUCACAAGGCACUAUGCCGCUGGGGCAGUUGUCCUGUUUCUGUCUAUGCCAGUGUGGUUUCUUCACCCUGUCCAGAAGGGCUGUGGCAGCUCCACAACAUCCCACCCUGGGUCUGGGUGUCACUGGUGUCCUGUGAGGGGCUUGCACUUGUGGUCUCUGAGGUCCCCUUAACAACAGAGCCAGCGUCACACCAAGCAACAAGGCAUCUUGCAGAAAAUUCAGCCACUCUCCUGCCCCUCCCUCUGGCUCAGCACCCCAAGGGCACAGGCUGCCCACCCAGUGGCCUGGCCCUUGGGGAAUGCAUCAGGGUGACCAGAUCCACCAGGCUAGGGGCCAGGUCACUGUUGAGAUUGCACGGUCAUCACGGGCUGCCUUCCCUAUCCACACACCCAGCCAGAACGCAGCCCAUCACUCCCGACUGCAGCCCUACCUCCACCCGGCCUCUGCAGUGAGCACCAUCCUUGGGAAAGCACCCCUCCUGCACUCCUGUGCCUCACUCCAGGGAGCAGAGGGAAAUGGGAAUUGAGGUGUUCCGGUUUGUACAGUUAGGAAGGGAUGUAAAACGGAACUAGAUUUUGAUUUUGAAGAGUGUAUUAACCAGAAUCGUGCUAUGUAGGUGUUUGAAGAAAAACAUACCAGAUUAGUCUUUGUUUUUGCAACAGAUUCCCCAGUUGUCCUCUUUCUUGCCAGCUGGGUGGUUCGGUGCCCCCGAUAGCUGGGUGCCUGCUUUACGGACGCGCAGUAAUGCCCAAGAUUUGCGGGGUGUGGGGGAGGACAUAGGGCUACCCCCGGGACUCACUGCAGGCUGUGGUCUGCCCACUGCUUCUGUCCAUGGAAAGCAGGGCAGGAGGCAGCAUCCCCAGAGGCAUCUAUGUGGGAGGGAGGGAGGGACACCUGGGUCACAGCCCAGGGAGGCUGGGAGCUGCUCCAAGGCCCUUAGUGACUUCCUGGAACUCUGCCUCAGUGGCGGCACACUGGAGAGGGUGCACCCCAGGUUGGAAUGAGACUGAACUCAAGAAGAGACCCUAAGGGACUGGUGAAUGGUUCCUGCCCCCAGGAAAGCGAAAGACGCUUACGCUGUCAACACUUAAAGGAAGCCCCCUUGAAGCCCAGAGAGCGGCCAGACUAGACUCAUUGAUGGGCCAUUGGGCCACGCUCCGUGGACAAGACAUCCCUGUGGGCCACAGCCACGGCACACUGGGGGGAUCAAAAUGUGUACUUGUGGGGCCUCACCCCUGCCAAAAGCCAAGUCAGUCCCACUCCUGCCAUUGGACGUUUCUUCCCCUUCCCUGCUCCCAAAUGCACUCCCCUCCUCCCUCGGCCCCCUCCUGUGUUUUGGAUUUCUGUUCACUCAGACUUGUAAAUGUUUAGUUGUGACCAUGACGUAUUGUUUGGGUCAAUGUCCCUUUCCAAUGCAUACUAAUAUAUUAUGGUUAUUAUAUAUGAAUAUAUUUAAUGACAUGGAAAAAGUUGUGGAUUUUCUUUAAGUUUCUUUCCUUUUUUGGGGGGGUGGUUAGAGUUGUAAUGGACCCAGAUGGAACUUGUAACGUGGGCCCCACAUGAUAGAACUAAAUUCAGAUAUCAUUAAAUAAACUCUUGUACACUGUG